AUGUCUCGUCUUUCCAUCUGGUUAAUCUUCGCGACGGCUUGCAUACUUUUCACCUUCUACUUCAUCGCGCGCACCCACAUCGACCCCCCCUCCCUUCCCCGCAUAACAUUUGAAUCGCACGCCCAGUCAAAUUGGACCGCAGUCUUCUCGUCGCCCAGCCGGCUCAACCUGACCUUGGAGGGAAAUGAGCGACGGUACCAAGAGGUCGUGAGGGAGCGCAAGGCCGAGAUCCAGCGGUUCGGAUCGGACAAAGUCGCCUUCCCCGCGCCGUUCACCGAGUUCUACACGCUCUGGGACUUUUUUGUGCCCGCAUUCUCCUGUCCGUGCCCCGUUUACCGCGUCGGCACGCUGGGCGACGGGGGCAAAUGGACCUGCUGCGUCGAGCGUGCGCUGAAAACCAACCGGCAGUCUGGCGGGUGUGUCGUGUACUCUCUGGGUGUCGAGCGCCAAUCGAGCUUCGAGCAAGAAAUCCUGCAUGCAGACAAACACUGCCAAGUUUUCGGCUUCGAUUUUUCGGUCGCGGAGUUCGGGCCGGAGCUCCUCGCUGACGCCGCGGUCAACCAUCGCGCGCAUUUCUUUCCGUACAAGAUUGGCGGCGGGGCGGACAACCACUCUGCGACGCCGCCAGAAUAUUCGUUGCGGGGGAUUAUGGAUGAGCUUGGCCACGACUUUGUCGAUAUACUCAAGGUGGACAUCGAGGGCUCCGAAUGGCAUGCCCUGCUCUCGCUUGUGAGCGCGUUUGAGGGAAAGCCACUCCCGUUUGGGCAGCUGCUGAUCGAGAUUCAUGUUGGCUAUAUCGCUGAACGUAACUCCUUGGGAAGCAUCGACGAAUGGUGGUCAAUCCUUGAAGAUGCCGGCCUGCGGCCCUUUUGGACAGAAGUCAAUCUGCUCGACGUCAACUUUCUAAGGAGAGGACCGUUAGUUGCUGAGUGGUCAUUCUUGAACAUCCGCGGAAACCACGCGUUGGUAGAUGAUACCUUGCCAGAUUAUCCCUGA